ACCGUGCCCUCCCCGUGCCUCGUUUUACCUUGUCUGUAACGCGUAGUGGCUGCUUCCUCGUGGGUCACGUGUGCAGAUUACAUGAGGGACUCCGGGCAGGGUGCUUAGAGGAGGGGCCGGCACACAGUGGGUGCUCAGGUCAGUGCUGCCCACAGCUGCUUUCGGGCCAGGCGGUCAGGGCCUCGUGUUCUCACUUGUGACUCCCGUAGGAACUCCAGGAAGCAGGCACUGGCAUUAUUGUCUUUAACAGAGGGGGAGACCGAGGCACAGAGUGGCCGAGCGGCCGUCCCCCAGCCACACAAUGAGCCCCCGAGGUGGGUUGGUUGGCAGGGGCAGGAGCCAAGGCGGCACAGGGCACAGCAGCCGGGCUGCUCAGGGGCCUGGGGACUCGGUGGGGGCGGGGAGCCGGGCAAGGGAGCCGCCAGAGCUGGGAGCUGUCCCAGGGUGGAGCCGGGGCCUGAUCAUUAUAAACACGGCCAGUUCCUCUGUUUGUCCCGCCCUCCAUGAGGUGCCCAGAGGGAAGGGGUGGCCCCCUGGCAAAUAUCCGGAGGUGUGUCCUUCCAUCCCCUUCCCCUGCAGGGGUCACGCGAGCGGAGGGCAGGAUAAACAGGCGGGCUGCAAUGUGCAAGGGUGGCUUGGGGCUUCUGGGGAGGGUUCUGAGUUGGCUGUCCCACCUUGCAGGCUGCCUCCCGCGUGCCCUGUCUCCGUGCUGAGCUCCUCCCACCUCAGGGUCCGCCCCUCCCUCUCCCGGAUUUAGUGAGCGGUCACGUGGCUAAUCUUAUGCCCCUGGAGUGACUUGGUGCCUCGGGCUGUGGGCUGCUGGGUGGAGGAUGGGUAGGGCUGCGUGAGAGAGGCCAAGAUGAGUAACUCGAGGCCCCAAGAGGAGACGUCACCUGCCCGAGGGCACUUCUAGCACAGCCAGCAUCAAACCAGGCCUGCUGAUAGGAGCCCCAGUCUGCGCCCUCGUGGUGCCGAGAGCCUCAGCGCCAUGUUUGGGAAGAAGAAGAAGCGGGUAGAGAUCUCCGCGCCAUCCAACUUCGAGCACCGCGUGCACACGGGCUUUGACCAGCAUGAGCAGAAGUUCACGGGGCUGCCCCGCCAGUGGCAGAGCCUGAUCGAGGAGUCGGCCCGCCGGCCCAAGCCCCUCGUGGACCCCGCCUGCAUCACCUCCAUCCAGCCCGGGGCUCCCAAGACCAUCGUGCGGGGCAGCAAAGGCGCCAAGGAUGGGGCCCUCACGCUGCUGCUCGACGAGUUUGAGAACAUGUCGGUGACACGCUCCAACUCCCUCCGGAGAGACAGCCCGCCGCCACCUGCCCGAGCCCGCCAGGAAAACGGGAUGCCCGCAGAGCCGGCCAGCACGGCCAGAGGGGCCCCAGAGAAAGCGGGCGGCCAAGGCCGGGUCGCCGGUCGCGGCGAGGCGGGUGGCGGCAGUGGUGACAGGCGGCGGGCGGGGCCAGAGAAGAGGCCCAAGUCUUCCAGGGAGGGCUCGGGGGGACCCCAGGAGUCCUCCCGGGAUAAACGCCCCCUCUCUGGGCCUGACGUCGGCAGCCCCCAACCUGCCGGUCUGGCCAGUGGGGCAAAAGUGGCAGCUGGUCGGCCCUUUAACACGUACCCGAGGGCCGAUACGGACCACCCGUCCCGGGGUGCCCAGGGGGAGCCUCACAACCUGGCCCCCAACGGGCCGUCGGCAGGGGGCCGGGCUGUCCCCCAGUCCUCCUCCUCCCGGCCUCCCACCCGAGCCCGUGGACCCCCCAGCCCAGGAGUGCUGGGCCCCCAUGCCUCCGAGCCUCAGCUGGCCCCCCCGGCCCGCCCCGUCACCACCCCCGCCGUCCCCCCCACCCCUGGGCCCCCCGGGCCCCGCUCACCACAGCGGGAACCCCAGCGAGUAUCCCACGAGCAGUUCCGGGCCGCCCUGCAGCUGGUGGUGGACCCCGGCGACCCUCGCUCCUACCUGGACAACUUCAUCAAGAUCGGCGAGGGCUCCACGGGCAUCGUGUGCAUCGCCACCGUGCGCAGCUCGGGCAGGCUGGUGGCCGUCAAGAAGAUGGAUCUGCGCAAGCAGCAGAGGCGCGAGCUGCUCUUCAAUGAGGUGGUGAUCAUGCGGGACUACCAGCACGAGAACGUGGUGGAGAUGUACAACAGCUACCUGGUCGGGGAUGAACUCUGGGUGGUGAUGGAGUUCCUGGAGGGCGGCGCCCUCACCGACAUCGUCACUCACACCAGGAUGAAUGAGGAGCAGAUUGCCGCCGUGUGCCUGGCCGUGCUGCAGGCCUUGUCUGUGCUCCACGCGCAGGGCGUCAUCCACCGCGACAUCAAGAGUGACUCAAUCCUGCUGACCCACGACGGCAGGGUGAAGCUGUCGGACUUUGGGUUCUGUGCCCAGGUGAGCAAGGAGGUACCGCGGAGGAAGUCACUGGUCGGCACGCCCUACUGGAUGGCCCCAGAGCUCAUCUCUCGCCUCCCCUAUGGGCCAGAGGUGGACAUCUGGUCUCUGGGGGUGAUGGUGAUCGAGAUGGUGGAUGGGGAGCCCCCCUACUUCAACGAGCCACCCCUCAAAGCCAUGAAGAUGAUUCGGGACAACCUGCCUCCUCGACUGAAAAACCUGCACAAGGUGUCCCCGUCCCUGAAGGGCUUCCUGGACCGCCUGCUGGUGCGUGACCCGGCACAGCGGGCCACGGCGGCUGAACUGCUGAAGCACCCGUUCCUGGCCAAAGCGGGCCCGCCCUCCAGCAUCGUGCCCCUCAUGCGCCAGAACCGCACCAGAUGAGGCCCAGUGCCCUGUCCCUGAACCAAAGAGCCCCUGGGGUCACCCCUGCCCUGCCGCAGGCCAGUAGGGGGCCGGCCCCCACUCCUCAGCCUGGGAGACACUCCAUGUGGCACCGCCCUUCUUGCUGGGGGUGGGGGGGUGUGCAGGACCCUACUACUGAACUCCAGUUUUGAUUUUGUGACUUUUGAAAAAACACAGGGACUCGUGGGAGCACGUGAGGAUCCCAGGACCCCCACCCUCGGGGACAGGCCCUCCCUGUGUCUUCCUGUCUCCAGGAAGGAUGGGCAGCCCCCCAUCACUGGAAGUCAUCUGCAGUGGGGGCUGCUGUGGGUGGAGAGAACACUACGAAAGGUGUGUGUCUGUCUGCGUGCGUGUGCUCACGGGUGUGCAUGUGUGCGCGCGUGUGCAUGUGCGGAAGGUCCAUCCGCUCUGUCCUCCAGCCUGCGAGUGGGUAUCGCUGAGACCUUACCUAGCAUACAGCGCAGCCCCCUGUCCCCGCCUGAGCCAUUGUGGGGGCGGUCAUGAAUGUCUGAAGAGUGGCCUUUUCCCCAAGUCCUGCACCCCCUUUCUGUGGCUGGAUGGGGAGACGGGGGUCAGGGCUUCCUGCCCGUCCCCAGCCUCUGCAGAAGACGACUACUGCGCCUGGACAGCCUCCUCUUUUCUAGAAGUCUAUUUAUAUUGUCAUUUUAUAACACUCUAGCCCCUGUCCCGACUUGGGGACGGAUGGCCCCUGUCUUGCGGGGCAGCAUCAGGGAUAGAACCACCACUUGAAGAAUCAGGUUCCUGUCCCCUUGGAGCCGCCCCACCCUCCCCUCCCUCGAGUUAGUUUUACAAUUAAAAUGUUUUCUUGUUUUGUG